CGCAAGCGAUAUGCAAUAUUUUUAAGAAAAUUAUUGUUUCAUGUAGUUCAAUGUUUCGGAAUAUAUAGCUAUAAUGAUAUAAAAUAUUUAUUAUUGAAGAGAAACUCCUAGACAAUCUGUGUUUUAAAAUUCCUUUAGGAAUGUAAUUUUUUGAUUAAAUUAAAUAGAAAACAUUGCAUAUUGAAAAUGGAGGUGUCUAAUAACACUGACGCUGUAAAUCUUGGCGUUGGUGAAGUCGAAGCAGAAAUCGGGGAAGAGUUAAAACAAUUAGAGGAGGGAAAAGAUUAUGACACUCGUAGCGAAGUAUCUAGCUCUUCAUCGAGUGAUUCAAGUACGCCAAGUAUAAGUUCAGUUAGUAGCAAUAAGUCUAAAGUGAGACGUGCUAAUCGUAAACGUACUAAAUCUGACAGCCAUUCUCCCGUUCUGACUAAGCGACGUUGUGUUACUUCGACUAAUUCAAAGAUCAAAACCUAUGAUUAUAUGACAAAACUAAAUUACUUAUUUAGAGAUACACGAUUCUUUCUUAUUAAAUCCAAUAAUGCAGAAAAUAUAACACUAUCAAAAGCAAAGGGUGUAUGGUCAACAUUACCCCAAAAUGAAGCAAAUUUAAAUCAAGCAUAUAGAGAAUCUAGAAACGUGCUACUCAUAUUUUCUGUUAAAGAAAGUGGUAAAUUUGCUGGAUUUGCAAGACUCGCAAGUGAAUCUCGUAGAGAUGUUCCUCCAAUUUCUUGGGUACUUCCUCCUGGACUUUCUGCUAAAGUUUUAGAUGGGGUUUUCAAAGUAGAUUGGAUUUGCAGGAAAGAACUGUCUUUUAGCAGUACGCUCCAUUUAUACAAUCCCUGGAAUGAGGGUAAACCAGUGAAAAUUGGCAGAGAUGGUCAAGAAAUAGAACCUAAAGUUGCUGAAGAAUUGUGUAGACUAUUUCCUGAAGAUGAGGGUAUAGAAAUGACACCUAUAUUAAGAAAAUCUAAGGAGGCUUCUAAGAAAGCUUAUUUAAAAAGUGGGGGUAGCUAUAGAACCUAUAGAGCACCAUUGGCCUCUAGAGGUACAAGCUAUAGAAAUCGUAUGAAUACAUCUUCAAGGAGUAGAAGAAAGCCUUUUAUUUCCCCAAGAAAUCGAUUAGGAUCUUCCUCUUUUAAGAGGAGAUCACCAUCACCAUAUAUGAGAGAUCGAUUACCUUCAUGGUAUGCACGAAACCGCGAAAGUUAUAACAAUACUGGCUCUGCUGCGGCAGAAGCAUAUGUUGCAGAAUACAUGCGCUCUAUGCACCAUCAACUGCCUCCACUGCCAUACGUACCUCCACCAGGAUUUAGUGGUGCCAUUGCAACAUAUGAGGGCUUGCCCCCUCCACCACCACCACCAAGAUACUAUGAUUUAGCUGAUUAUCCUCGUUCAGUGCUUGUUUAUGAUAAAAGGUCAUAUGAACGUUCAGUAGAUGAGUUUUUGUGGCGAACCUCUGACAGAUCACAUGGUCGCAGUCGGGAACGUGAAUCACACAGAUCAUAUAGAGAUCGUCGUUGAAAGUAAAUAUACCACCGAUGUAUUAAUUAUUUUAUGAUUGCUAAUAAAAAGUUGUGUAUGAA